UUUUUUUUUCCUUUCUUCCAUACAAUUGUUUCUUUUCCUUUCUUUCUUUUUCUUUGAUUUUCUUCAUCUUUUUUUUCAUCAUGUCAUUGAUUAUUGAACCUUCAGAUUUACUUACUUUUAAAAGACCUUUGACCAACGUCACCAAAGAAACAUUAUUAGUGAAAAACCCUAAUAAUGAACCUGUCAUCUUCAAAGUCAAGACUACUGCUCCUAAACAAUAUUGUGUUCGUCCUAAUGCGGGAAGAAUUGAUGGUCUUAGUCAAGUUGAAGUUCAAGUUAUUUUACAACCAUUCAAGGUUGAUCCUCCUCUCGAUCUUAAAUGCAAAGAUAAGUUUUUGGUUCAAAGUGCACCAGUCCAAUCACACGAAUAUGAUUCUAUGCCAGUGACUGAUAUUUGGGCUCGAAUUGAAACUCAAGAACAAGCUAUUAUCAAACAACAUAAGAUCAAAUGUGCUUUUGUUCCUGCUGCUACUACUGAUAAUAUCACAUCUGAGGCUCAAUUACCUCAUAUCAUUGAAACUAGUGAACAAAAAGUACCAGAUGUCAAACCAACUUCUGUUACUCAGGAAAAUCAUUCUACCAUCUCAGAUAAUAGCAGUUUGGAGACACCUUAUCAAGGAAAAGAAAAACCCAAGGAAGAGGAAUUUAUCAAGGAAGUACCUGUUGUCAAGCAACCUGAAGUAAUUCAUCAAGUGGAAAUGAAGCCAACAUCUGCUCCUGUCACUACUACAACUGAUCGGGAUAUUAUACAAAAAGACAAACCCAUUGUGAUGUUGAAAGAAGAAAAGGAACUAUCAAAGGAAUUACCAACAGUACCCAUUUCAUCAUCACCACCCGCACCAGCACCAACAACAACAACAGCAACAACAGCAGCAACAACAACAUUGGCCAAGGAAACAAAGGAUGAUAGUGAUUAUAAGGAUGAUCAACAACAAAAGUUACGACAAGAAUUGGUUGCAGCACAGGAACAGAUCAAACGACUUGAACGUGAAUUGGAACAAAGCAAACAAGAUUUGGAAGGAUUGCGAUUACGUCAAAAUGCCACUACUACAACAACUGCAAUUGGAAACAAUACUAUUGCUGGAACACGAAAAUUACCCCCUACUGUGCAACCUUUGGAUGCUGUUCAUCAACAUUUGGCUCAAUUACAAAAACCUCAUCCUGUUGAAGGAUAUCCACCUCAAGUAGUUGCUAUCAUGUGUGGUGUCAUCUUUCUGUUUACUUAUCUCUUCUUCUAAUGGUUUUAGUCUAGUCUAGUCAAAUAUCACCCUUACAUAGUCUUUAUAUCAUUAUCUUCCGUAUUCUACCUUUUUUUUUUUUUUUUUUU